AUGUACGCGUCCGUGGAGCCCGAUUUUACACGUCAAUUACUCUCUCCAGGACUUCGUGUGGCCUACACCGACGAAGGCGGCGUCUGGCAAUUUCUCGCUCCCUCUUUAAUGCAGCGUCUUCCUUUACGUGGCAUUGAAUGGCGUAACCUCGUUGGAGUGACGAAAUGUAUCAACCAAUUGCCACUUUAUUUUAUGGAACUUUCAAGUGCAAAUAUUACACCAAAAGUGCCAUUUAAUUGGAUUUAUUUGGUCAAAUGUGAAGAUUUUGACACUUACAAACAUAUGGUACGACCGGCAAUAGCCACUUGGGUCGAUGCGAUGACAGUUGCUCAAAUUGAGUGGUUGCUCCUUUAUGUGCCAAUGGGUACACAUCCCAAAACAGCUGGAAAUGUACCCCAUCCCAUUUAUAGGAAGAUUUUUGACAAGUUGAAAACGGAUUUUGGACAGAAAAAGAACAGUUCCUUGCUUGGACCCACUAGUGGUGGUUCGAGCUCGGUUUUCUAUGAGCGGGUGUGUAAAAUUGAUACUUUAGAGGGGACAAGUAUUGUCGGACAGCAACAACAACAUGAAUCGCAGUGGACAGAGUUGGUCAUGAGAUUAAAAUGUUGCAUCAUGAGUGCAUUCGAGCUCAAGUGUUUUCAGUAUGAAGAAAAGCUACGGAUUCUGGAUGGAAAACGAAAUGCCGUUGGAUGGAAUUUUGGAGAUUUCUUUGUCGCCAAAGAAAGACUGGCGUUGAUGUAUCAAGAUAUGUAUUUACAAGACGAUGCUAUUCGACAUUUGGACGAGUUAGACGCAAUUUUCGUCAACUUAAAUGAGACGGAAAAACAAGUGUUCCAAGACAAUAGCAAGACUUGUUUUGAAUGGCACGAUCCCGUCUUUACGCAGUCUCCAUUGGCAUUAGAUCUUUCCGAAAUCCAGCAGUCCAUUGCGUCGAAUUGCGCGUCAGCUCGUCUUGUCUCGCUCUACUGUUUCUGUCGACAAAUUCGGACGCUUUACGUUAUGGGUAAUUUUCCGCAGCUGCUAAAGCGUGCUAGUUCAUUUAUUGAGUUCUUUCUGGCUGAAUUGAAGGAGUUAGCAGCGGAAGGCAAGUUAAAGUGGUAUCAACCAUUUCUGUGGGCGGUGGGCGCAUGUAUGGAAGUUUCAUAUGCAUGUGAGCUGUCGUGGAGUGGCCGUGAUGAAGAGUGGACUGCUUCCAGUGUGUCUGUCCAAGUCGCACAAGCGAUUCCUGUCGAAGAGAUGUCUCGUGCACUCGGAAAUGUAUUGUAUCUUGCCCGGCGGGUGCUAAAGAAUUUUGCAAAGUGCAGAAAGUCCAGGAAUGGUUCUCAUAUGCCAUUUACAAACUUGUCGGAUGUGGAUGCUGAUGCGGAUGAUGCAGAAGCGUCAAUAACGUGGUAUCAGGAACUCGAACAAGUGUUUGUAGCUGCAGAAUGGCGGCGAUCUGAGACCUGCGACUCCUAUGAGCGUUGUCUGUCCGAGGUAUCACACCUCGCUUCAAUGCACUUUUCACAGUCUGGACGCCAUCGUUUUGCCGUGUAUCUUGGAGGAGAAUGUGCUCAGUACCACCUCGCACGUGGAGAGUUUGACAGCGCAUCGCGACUUUUGCGUUCGCUUGCCCGGCAAAGCGAAGAGGACGGUUGGUGGACAAUAUUUGGUGUUUGUGUCCAAAGCAUCUGUCGGGCUGAGCUGGCCUUAGGACGAUCCGCACAAGCGGUUGCAGCCUUCUUUAGUAUGUUACGACAUGCGCAGAAAGAACAAGUGAGUGUGAGCAAAGAGGAGAUGAAAGAGCUACUGAUUACUCUCGUGGCUAGUCUUGAGAGUAAUGGUGAUGCAGAUAAUUCUGUUAAUUCGGUGGUAGAUACGGAAAAGUCCAGCAGCAUGUCCGAGAUCAAUUUGGGCGAAUUACUCAGUCCUUCAAUGACCGUCGAGACGACGCAGGCUAGCAGUAGUGAACUGGAGCACGGGGACAUCCGUGUCACACUGGUUAUUGCAAAUGAUUUUCCGGCAGGAGUAGAUCUCGAUAAAGUUUGCGCUCGCUUUUCAGCAAUACCAGAAUCACACGAGAGUUCUUUUCAAAAAGAUGUGUUGCACCAUGACGAUCUGGGAUGGAACGAAGACAGAAUUGCUGGUGCUUCUGUCGAACACGACAAGAACACCAUACUAGAUGCCGACUUGACAUCUACGCACGAUUGCAGUCACCGUAGCAAAACUAAAAUGGUCGAGUCAGCGAUAACUCCUGAUGAUACGGUUGAAAAUGUCGGCGGAGAGCACAAGCAUGGCACAGAAUUACUUCUGGAGAAGAGGAAUAUCCACCUCGAUGAGAAAACGGGUGUCAAUCUGGUGUUCUUGCACUCGGGCGUUCCGGUAGGGCAGUACACAUGCACUGGGAUAGAAUGCGUCAUCGCGGGAAGCACUUUUCACUUGUUUCCUCCUAGCGCGCUUUUUUUCGCUAAUUUUGAAAUCGCUGCCAAAGAGAGAGCGGUCCAUGUUGGCAUUGACGGUGCCCCAUUACUUAUACCGCGGCCAUUGUCUGAGGUGGAAACUAUUGCAGUCUCCAUCCGAGCGAACGACAAUAUGGUGGUGAAUGGAAUUCUAGAGCUACGUGUUUUUCGACGCAUCAGGAAUGGAAGCUGUGAUAAUAAUGCCACGCAAAACAAUGAAGAAGAAGAAUUAGAAGAAGGCGGAAGUGGUAGCGAGGAAGGGUGCGGGGCCCACUUGAUUGGGAUACAACAGCUUGAUGAGUCGGAUACCACAGCAUCACUAGAAGAUACCAAGAACAACCAUGUUGCAAGUCACGGAGGAUGCGGCAAUUUGUUGAGUGUUGCACUACCGACAUUAUUCCGUGGUGAAUUACUGCGAUAUGCCGUGACCGUAACGAUACCUCCAAUCGAUUCCACUGGAAGCAGCUCUGAGCGAGAGAACGAAGAUAACACCAUCGUUACUGUCCGUGCAAGUGUACGAUAUCAACGGGAACGGGUGAAUGCAAAUGCACCAAUAACGACUACAGAAAUACGCUACACCGAAUCAAUUUUUCGCUUGCUACAACCGUUGACCGAGGAAGUGCAGCUUCGACGCGUGGGCACGAGGAUAUUUGCCUCCAUCGCACUCGUAUGUAAUCCUUUUAUUUCCGUUGUGCUCCGACACUACUGUUUGCGAUGCUUUGGACAAGUCGGCAAUGCUUCUGUGCACGAUCCGGUAAUAGCAGUGGAGCAGGAUCCGAACACGAAGUUACGGGGCACGAAUCUUCGCCCAAACGACCGUGUAUAUCUCGCAUUCACAUUAGCUUGCUCCCCAGCUUUUGAGAAGGAAAGUAGUGGCAGCUACUGCUCACUUGAAUUGGAUCUAAAGUAUGGCGCUGAUGAAACGUGGCUAAAGACCAUGGCUAUACAUGUGCCGCUAAAAGAAGUGGAGGGAAAACGCUACCGGAUUGAUGUACUCCCGAGAGGCCAGGACGAGGCCCACACGUUUAUGGGCGAACUUGUUGAAGCCACUGUAAGCAAGCCUGUAACGUUCCAAAUCCAUGUGCAAGAGGAAGUUUCACACUUUAACAUGGCCACCAUGGCAGAUGACACAGAUACAUUGUCUCUUUGUCUUAACGAAAGCAGCGAGGACGAUUGGAUUCUCGUGGGUAAGCAGCUCGAGCGCUUCAAUUUAGGACCGUGUUUGGAAAGCCACGGCAAUCGUCGGCGCGAGUUCAGUACACAGAAAAGGCUCUUAGCCACUCGGCCAGGCAUACUUUGCUUCCCUGGGUUUCACCUUGAAGUUAAUGGCCAGACGAUCCCAGUAGCACGUGUUCAUUGUCAACAGAGCUGUCGUCAAGUAAUUGUAAGCUAG